AUGUCUUAUUGUGUUGCAAUUGCAGAAAAGGAUGACGACCCUUGUCGCAAUAUCGGCUGUGACACUACCAUCAAGUACCAAUGCCCCAAGGAUUCAAGACUUACAUCCAACACGAGCGUCUCAACCGGUGGCAGUACGUCUGCCGAAAGUUGCUGCAAACAUCGUUUGGCCUGCCUUUGCAAUAUGGAUCUUUGCGAUGUUCCCAUGUGCGGCCCUGGCUUUACGGCUCAGAUGAUCCACAAAGGGACCGGAAAACCGGGCAAUUGUUGUGACCAAUUCGAAUGCAAACGAAACGAGAAAUGUGCUGACGUCAUCUGCGAAGAACCACAAGACUGCCCGUCGGAUAGUCUGAAAGUGUCCCAAGAAUUGUCCAAAGAUGGCUGCUGUUUCAGCGACCCAGUUUGUGUAUGCCCAACUCGUGACAAAUGCCUUCCGGUUGAAUGUCCUCUUCAUUUCAAUAUAAUGGUUGUUCAAAAAGCGACGAGAGAGCCGGGUUCCUGCUGUGAUAAGAACGUCGCAAGCCUGUCUCUAAGUUCGUUUUAUUUCUAUGACAAAUUUGUCUCCCUAUGA